CACGUGGCGACGCAUCUCGCUACAUUAUAUCAAAAUCAGUGUGAUAUCCUCAACUUCGUACAUAUCUCCCUAGCCCUAGUUACUUUUAUAUAUUAUCUGUGCCAGUCCAAACAAUGUAAAUUGGUAACGCAAAACGCGGGAGCCGUUCCCUGUUAUCUAUACGCUUAUAUAUUUCGUAUUCGUCAUAUAUCGCUGGCACGGCUGUGCCCACAGUCGUCGGCCACCGAUCGCAACUUGUUAGAACAUUCUGCUCAUCAACGAAUUUGAUACACAUUUAGCAAUAGUUUUCUCAAGUUUUUCUCCAAUUAACCUGGUGUACACCUCAAUCGUACAGUUUGUUAUAACAAGUUAUUAUUUACAGAAUCUGACAGACACGUUUUGGCGGACCCAACAGCCUAUGCAUGCAGUACGCUGCACGGUACAAUUCUUAAGCACUGAACUCUACAGUGUUCAUAAGCGCCCGCGUAUAUGUGUAGUUAUAACUUGACAUCACACUGUAGGAAGCGAUGUUAUUGUUAAUACAUGCAAGAAUGGAUAAAAGAAGAUUGAAGAAGAUGCCAAGUCUGCUUGGUCAGACCGGAACUUCUAGGCUGUCGAUCAAUAAUCAGGAUGAACUCUGCGAAACUAAAAAACAAACACCAUUGAAAGAAGGAUCUAAAACCUGUGAAGAAAACUUGACAGAUGAUUCAGGAGAUGAAUCUCCAGUUUGGUCCAGUUCAAAUAGAAAGAAAGGAAGAAUGCUUACCAGUACGCAAAUGUCAGAAUCAAGAAAUGUGGAAAAUGUCAGUCAGCGUACAAGAUUAGCGAGUGUUUCGCCCGAGCGCGUAAUAUUUUCAGAAGAUUCGGAUGACAAUGGAACCUUUGUAACGAAAUCAAAGAAGCUGAAUAAAAGUAAAACUCCUGCCAAGGCAUCAAAAAAAUUAAUUGCCAUUAGCCCUGCUGUACCUAAAACUCCAGAAUCAAAACGUAAGAGACUACAUAGAAGCAAUUCUUCAGAUUCAGAAUGUACUCCAACUGUUGCAAGUCGGAAAAGGAGAAUAAGCGUCAGAACAAAUACUCCAUCUAAAAUAUCCGGCAAUAGUUCUGAAACUUGCUGUUCAGUUGAAAGAAAUUCAGAAGAAGACGAGGAUACCGAAGAAUUUCAACUAGUCAACAGGAAGCAAUUGAGUGGUGCAACCAGGAAAUCCGCGGUGAAGAAUUCCAAAAAAGAUGAGGAUAUCGAAGAAUUUGACCCACUCAGCAGGAAGCGAUUAAGCGGUGCAACUAGGCAAUCCGCAGUGAAAAACAUGACUACUCCCCAAAAGAGAAAAAAAAAUGAACGAAUUGGUAGAAACAAACCAGAUGCUAUAGAAGAUGAAAGUACAGAUGAUGACAUGUUUAACGAAGGUUCACCUAAAAAAGGCUCACGAAAACAUGGGAAAAUAUCUCCGUCACAGUUGUUAGAUAGCCCUGCAACAAGAUUACGGAAACGCAACUGCAUUGCUGAACAAAAGAGUUUAUCAAAAUCUCCCCAACAUUCCAGAAUGUCUCGCGGCCAAAGUGCUAAGAAAUCACUGAUGGAAAAAAAUGUGACUCAUUAUUUGAGGCAAUUCCUGAAACACGCUGGUAUCAUUAUUACUGACGACGGCCCCAAUGAAUUAUGUAAAAGUCGCUGUGAUAUUGUUAAUAAUUUAAAUAAGUUACUAAGCUCAAAACAAUACGAUAAAGAGGAAAUUAUUAAACAUUGGACACAAUACAUCGAGAAUGUAGAUAAUCUUCAAAAUGUAUUAGAACAAACUGUGAAUGAUAAUCAAGAUGUUUUAAUUGAUGAGAAUACUGAAUCUAUUGCACGAAUUCUACUACAUGUUUCACCUCUUCAGACAGGCAUUUCUGUAUCGCUUUUGGACCGACUUGCUAUGGCUGUACUCGUUGAAGAAACGCCAAGCGAUGUUCCUUGGUCAGGUACAUUAUUAAGACAAUUCAAAUUCUUGGAACAGAUUGUCGAACCCAACACGUUUGUCGUAAAGCUUCAAGAAUUGCUGGAAUCAGCUCAAACGUGUUUUCAAAGUGAAAUAAUAUCGUACUUACCCGACAUUGUCAUUGAUGCCCAGCAUCAUAUUAUUGGUGAAAUACUCAGUAAGCUUUUAGAUGACAACCCAGAAUUGACAGAGGUCAUACUAGAUUGUAUAUCCCGUUUGACCCUGAGUAAAGACUAUUUGGGAAGGAUUAGAGAGAAGUGCUUCGAAUUGCUGCAACAGAAUUUAAAAUUGAAUGCCGUUCCUACUAUAACAAGAUUUAUUUUGGCCGAGUCAUUACUUCCGGAAACUUGUAUAAAGGCCUUAAUGGCUAUUCGAUCCAUAGACAUGCAGGCACUUGCUGGUGAAAAUAUCGAAGAAUGUUUUACCAAUCAAGUUCUGACUGUUGCUGCCCUAAAAAGGUCAAAUCAAGUGUCCAAGCAAAUAGCUGAUGCUGCAUUAACUGUUGUGCAACGUGUUAAAAAGGAUCCAAAACCACUAGACCUGAUUAUGUUGUUACUCAAUUUCUCAAGUAACACUGCAAAAAAAAAGAACGUUGAGACUUUGGUGAAAAAUCGGGUCCGAUCUGGUUUUUAUAGGCCCAGCUUAUUAAAAUCUCUUUAUUACGAUUAUAAAGAGGUGGCUAGAGAUUUACAGUCUGUGGCAAUUACUCUGGCCUCUCAUCUAUUAAAAGCUGGUGAUCGUGUGUAUGCUGAAUUUGCAAUUGAAUGGUUUCGAUUAUUAUUUCUAAGUCAAGCCGAAACUGUUCACAAGCAACAAGAAGUCCUUGCAAAAAUUAUCAAAUUAACUAUGGCUGGAACGGCAACAUCAAAAAAUGCCCUUGCAAUUCUCAGUAAGAUGGCACGUGAUGAAAAUGAAAGAAAACAUUUACAAAAACAUUCCCAUCAUCUAAGGACUCUCCUUGAAGAAGUUGAUGAACUCGACUUGGAAGAGGUUGCUACUGUCAGCGAUUUGUUACACGGUUUAUGCAUGAGUUCUAAUUCAACGUCAGAAGCACUGCAAGCUGACUUGGACAUUGUUCUAUUGAAACAACUGGCUGCGUCAAAACCAGUGACCAAAUGCAAGGGUGUCUUAGGAGCACUAAUGGCUAUUAAACAUGCAGCAGCAUAUCCAAGGACCGUAGAACGCGCAUUACAAUUAUUUGAGCAAGCAAUAAAGGCUGUGAAGAGCUGCUCCAGGGCUCGGGCUUUGUUUUAUGACCAAAUGGCAGAUAUUAUUGCAAAUACCCCGGACUUUGAUGAAAAACUUUUGAAGGAAACUAUCACGGAUCAUUUUACAGCUGAGUUAUCUGAUCUCUAUCUCACAAAAGUGACAGAGUAUAGUGGACCUUUGUCGGUGCGAUUCUCACUUAAUUCAGAAGCGGAAUCACCCGUGGAUGAUGAAUUUGGAGUGAGUUUUGGUGAUGGUAAAGACGGUGCAGCGGUGUCGGCCUUAUUUCGGCUCAUUAAAGCUUGCCACAUGAGAGGAAGUGAUGGUGACCUAUCAUUGAUUGAUGGUCUAUUGGCAUGCCCAGUUUUCCUACCGAAAGAUCUCAAUGACCCGGAUGAAGCUGCACUGGAUCAAAUUUUUCAUUGCAUCAAUUGGUUCAGAGAAACAAUUAGUGGCUUUGUAACUCAAACAGACAGCACAAUGCAAAGAAUUUUACUAAAACGGUUGGACCACUUAAUGAAUCUUCAAGCCGAACUCAGCAUGAAUUUAGCAAUGACUGGAUCUCACUAUCAACCACCAGUAUGCUAUUUCCACUAUUUUCCAUCACCGCCGUUUUGCAAGGUCGAAAAAAGAACGGGCAAACGUGGUAAUAAAACCUCUCUAGACAAAUCUGGCAGUCUUUCUGAAUGGUCUUGCUGGGAAUCAGGUUUUGAUCUAAUUUCGAAGAACCCUGCUUAUUUUAGACAGCUAGAUGCAAAGAUAGCGCAUCUUCUCGAUUUUUCGAUGGAAAUAAGAUUGACUCAAAGCAGACCAAAAACGAUCACAAUAGCUCAAGUAUGUUUCAUAGUUAAGGAACUCUUGGGAAUGUUGGAAAAUGAAGCUUCUCAAUCGUUUAUGAGAGAUUUGGUUGGAUUAUUGCCCAAGGUAUGUAGUAAGGUGGACCAGGUAAUAACUGAGUUACGUGAUAAAGAUGAUAUUCAGAAUAGAGAAUGCUUGCAAUUACUGUUGAGUCUUCUGGCUGCAAUUUUCAAUUGGAAAGGAUUUCAUAACUUUGUGAACAACCAAAUGCUGAGAGAGGCAUUGAGGAUUGUUGCAAGUCAGACUGAUGAAAUGAACACGUUAUUGCGAUCCUGCAAAGAAUUGGUAACUCAAUCAUGUUCAUAUGUCGAAUCAUUAGCUGACGUUGCUACGCGAAUUCCUGUUGCAAUUGCACUUGUUAAUUUGUAUGAAGCUUUGAUACAACAUUCAGAAAGUCUCGCUAGUCAACAUAGAGGAAAUUUGGCAAAAAUGGCGUUUGGAUUUUUGUGUCUUGAUUGGCCUGAAGAUAAGCGGAAUAUUUCAUCCUAUAGAUCUGCCAUUAAGACUCUUUUGAAAAGUUGGCUCAACAAUGAACCGGAUCCCCUAGACACUGUGGUAACACUGUUAAAGUGGUUGCCAGAAGAAACUGAGAAAUUGUCAAAACCUCAGGACUCCUUAGCCAGAAUACUCUCUAUUACCAAAAGCACCUUCAAUUUACUGUUCAAUCAAAUUAUUUUAGGACUAAUCGAAGGUGUCAAGAAAUCAUUAGAUGUAGUUAAAAGAGAUGGCGAAAGAAUACAAAUUUGGAAUUCUGUUGCAACUGGUGUGCAAAGAAUUGUUCGAAUUUGUAAGAUGAUGGAGGUCAAGGCCAAUUGGCUCCUAUUUUUGCAACGUAUUCCCGUGUUAUUGAGGUUGUUCAUAACUUCUGGCAUGCCAGUUCUUGAGCAUAACUUGAAAUAUCACGUCGAAGAAGUAACGGGAAUUGUAAAACAAUUGCAAGAAGGAACAAGGUAUCUCCACGUUCUGUGUUGCCACAGCACGGUAACAGGUGACACAACUUUAGCCAAAUACGUUCCUGUUGCCAAAUCAACACUCGAGAAAUUAGUCUUCAGUGUAAAAGGAAUGCUUGUGCUGAACAACAGUUCGCAGGCGUUUUGGAUGGGGAAUUUGAUAAACAAAGACAUAAAAGGACAAGCAAUUGAAAUGGAGCAGAAUACUGAAGAGUCAACCACUGUGUCAGCUGGCUCCAUAACAGAUAUGUCCGAAGAAUUGCUUACGGAUGGGACAGAUGAAAGUACAGACGAGGAGAUCGAGUGAAUGGAGUUAUCUGAAUCCUUUCUCUUCUUUUAAUUUUCUUAUAAUUAGUUACAUAGUAUUUUUACUUUUGAGGUACAAUAUUGUUUUUAACCUUAAACAAAGCUUAACAUUAUAAUAUUCAACCUGUUUUUUUUUGAAAAGCAAUUUUAAACUAUAAAUCUGGCAAUCCGUAAUGAGUUGGUAUAUACAGUAUCUGUUACAUAAAUAUCUGUAAUUCUGUCGUAAAAGUCUGUCUCUUCCACGACGCAUCUGGCAUUAAAGUUUCUUCUACAAAAGUAAGUCUGUUCGAUCCGUCCACCAUCAAUAUUGAGUGUGCUCUAGUUCCGUACUCUGCAUC